CAGCCAACGAAACAAAUUAGCCAUAAGCGCAGCUGAAUCACUUACCUUUCCAGAGUAUUACCAAACGUUCAACUCUCGACGUUCUUCUAGCUGGUUGGCUUAACUCGUACGGUCCAACGCAGUUACAGAAGAACAGAGCGAAGACGAUGAUGUUGGACGGCAUGGAGGACGAAGACAAAUGGCUCGCCGAAGGGAUCGCCGGCAUUCAACACAACGCCUUUUACAUGCACCGCGCUCUGGACGCGAACAAUCUCCGAGAAGUCCUCAAGUACUCUGCUCAGAUGCUGUCGGAGCUCCGAACCUCGAAGCUUUCUCCUCACAAAUACUACGAACUCUAUAUGCGAGCGUUCGAUGAAUUGAAGAAGCUGGAGAUGUUCUUCAAAGACGAAAGCAGGCACGGGGUUUCGGUCGUUGAUCUUUAUGAACUUGUUCAGCAUGCUGGCAACAUUUUGCCUAGACUGUAUCUCCUAUGUACGGUAGGAUCUGUGUACAUUAAAUCUAAGGAGGCUCCUGCUAAAGAUGUCCUUAAAGAUCUUGUGGAAAUGUGUCUUGGUGUUCAACAUCCAAUACGUGGGCUAUUUUUAAGAAGUUAUCUUGCUCAAGUCAGUAGAGAUAAGUUACCUGAUAUUGGUUCAGAAUAUGAGGGUAUUCACGGGUUCUUGCAUAAAAAGAUCCUACCAUAUGAAUUCCCUUCAUUAUGGCAUAGUGAUGCUGACACUGUCAUGGAUGCUGUAGAAUUUGUGCUUCAGAAUUUCACCGAGAUGAAUAAACUUUGGGUACGACUGCAACUUCAGGGACCUGGUCGGUUAAGAGAGAAGCUGGAAAAGGAAAGGAGUGAGCUCCGUGAUCUGGUGGGGAAAAACCUCCACGUUCUCAGUCAGAUAGAGGGUGUGGACCUUGAAAUGUACAAAGAUACCGUUCUUCCCAGAGUCUUAGAGCAGAUUGUCAACUGCAAAGAUGAGCUUGCUCAAUAUUAUCUGAUGGAUUGCAUAAUUCAGGUCUUUCCUGAUGAGUACCACUUGCAGACCCUUGAGACAUUAUUGAGUGCUUGCCCCCAGCUUCAGCCAACGGUUGACAUCAAGACAGUGUUAUCUCAAUUAAUGGACAGAUUAUCAAAUUAUGCUGUUUCAAGUACAGAUGUAUUACCUGAAUUUCUUCAAGUAGAAGCUUUUGCAAAAUUGAGCAGUGCUAUUGGGAGGGUGAUAGAAGCACAGGUUGACAUGCCUAUUGUUGGAGCCAUAAGUUUAUAUGUCUCUCUUCUUACGUUUACUCUCCGUGUUCAUCCUGAUCGGCUUGACUAUGUGGAUCAAGUACUGGGAGCAUGUGUUAAGAAGCUUUCUGGAAAACCAAAGCUCGAAGACAAUAGAGCAAAAAAACAAGUUGUCGCACUACUGAGUGCUCCAUUGGAUAAAUACAAUGAUAUUGUCAUGGCCCUGAUGCUUUCUAAUUAUCCCCGUGUGAUGGACCACCUUGAUAAUGAAACAAACAAAGUUAUGGCCAUUGUUAUUAUUCAAAGCAUCAUGAAAAAUAACACUUGCAUCUCUACUGCUGAUCAGGUUGAGGUGUUGUUCGAAUUAAUUAAAGGGCUCAUGAAAGACUUGGAUGGAACUGCUGUAGAUGAGCUUGAUGAGGAGGAUUUUAAGGAAGAACAAAACUCUGUUGCUCGUCUCCUUCACAUGCUUUAUAAUGAUGACCCAGAGGAAAUGUUAAAGAUCAUAUGCACCAUGAAGAAGAAUAUAAUGGAUGGAGGAUCAAAACGCCUGCCUUUUACUGUUCCUCCUCUUAUAUUUUCUGCACUCAGGUUGAUUAGGCGAUUGCAAGGUCAGGAUGGGGAUGUAGCUGGAGAGGAAGUGCCUGCAACGCCAAAAAGGAUUUUUCAGAUCUUAAAUCAGACUAUUGAAGCUCUUUCAACUGUUCCAACUCCUGAACUGGCAUUAAGGUUAUACCUGCAAUGUGCUGAGGCUGCUAAUGACUGUGAUCUUGAGCCUGUUGCUUAUGAAUUUUUCACUCAGGCAUUUGUGUUAUAUGAAGAAGAAGUUGCGGACUCCAAGGCCCAGGUGACUGCAAUACAUCUAAUAAUUGGGACUCUUCAGAGAAUGAAUGUAUUUGGUGUUGAAAAUAGAGAUACUUUAACACACAAGGCCACGGGGUAUUCAGCAAAGCUUCUAAAGAAACCAGAUCAGUGCAGAGCAGUUUAUGCAUGUUCGCAUCUUUUUUGGGUUGAUGAUCAGGAUGGCAUUAAGGAUGGAGAAAGGGUCCUGCUUUGCUUAAAGCGUGCCUUGAGGAUUGCAAGUGCUGCUCAACAGAUGUCCAAUGUUACACGGGGUAGCAGUGGGCCAGUUACACUCUAUGUUGAAAUACUGAACAAGUACCUCUAUUUUUUUGAGAAGGGAAACCCCCAAAUCACAAGCGCCGCAAUCCAAGGUCUGCUAGAAUUAAUCACAACCGAGAUGCAAAGCGACUCCGCAGCUCCCAAUACUGUAUCAGAUGCUUUCUUUGCAAGCACGCAGCGGUACAUUCAGUUCCAGAAACAGAAAGGUGGUGUAAUGAGUGAAAAAUAUGAUUCUGUGAAGGUUUGAGUUUCUAGUAUGUGUUAAGUUAUACUACCGAAAUGUCUGGGCAAGCAGCUAGUUGUGUGAAAAGUGAUGGGGUUGAGAGGAAGUUGAUGAUGGGGAGAGGUGAGCAGCGAGCCCAAUUGUGUGAAAAUUCUUUGCACCCUUGACGGGGAACUCAUUUAUAGUUUUUUUUUUUUUUUUUUUUGAACCUUUCGCUUGUUAUUCUUUUUGUCAAAUAUUUGUUUUUAUUCAAUUUUUGGUUGGUUUGAUGAUAGAACUACAAUUUUACAAGAGCUGUGUCAGAAAAUGGACAAAAAUUGUAUGAAAUUGGACUGAAGAU